AUGGAUAUUUCUCGAGCUGGCGUCGAGCCCGUCGUGGUCAAGUUCUAUCGACAAUACAUGCAGCAGAUCAAUGAGCUAAGCUAUCCACCUGGAUCUCUGCUGCUCGCUCCAGACAUCCAGACGUGCUUGUACAAGUACUUUUUCGAUGCAAACCAGAACAAGUUUCUACCUCCACCACGGUAUCAGACCAAAGUCCUGCGCCAGAUCAUCAGGGAGAUCGAAAAAUCGAUCAAAGACCCCGAAGAAGAGCAAGUCUCGGACCAGUUAUAUGAACACCUAGGCCACCUCUCCGGGAUCCCGCUCCCGGACCCGUCAGAAGAAGCCCAACAACUUCGCGUGCACUCUUACUUCCCACCGCUUCCGUAUGACGAGCCCGGCGUCCAGCCCGUUCUGAUCAAAGAAGCACACAAUCUUCUCUCCAAGGGCAACAACGUCGGGCUCCGGACGUGGGAAGGCUCUCUCCAUCUCGCGUGGUACUUGGCAACCCAGCGCCCAGAGCUAGUCAAAGGGAAGAACGUGCUCGAACUUGGCGCCGGGACGGGCCUUUUGUCUCUGCUUUGCGCCGGACAUUUGCGUGCUUCGUCCGUCCUGGCGACCGAUGGCUUGGGCCACGUAUGCGAGUGCCUAGAAGCCAAUAUCGAGCUUAACGUGGAAAACAACACACUGCAGAACGGUCGAGCGCCGCAAGUCCUGCAGUUGGACUGGACGGACCGUGAGGCAAUCGAUGAACUAGUGCAGAGCGUCAAGAACCCAGGCACGAGCUACGACCUGGUCAUAGGCUCAGAUAUCACCUACCACCCGGACAUUCUACGACCGUUGGCUCAGGUCCUCGGCACUUUGAAGGAUUAUUUUCCCGACAUGGUCAUCCUCAUCUCGGCAGCCAUUCGAAGCGACACUUUCUCGCAUUUCACGAGGACCUGUAUAGACGAGUUCGGGUUCACCGCCAUGGAAGAAGACGUCCACAUCCCUGACGGACUGCAGUACUCGGGCUUUUUCCAUUCGGUCAUCACGCCCAUCAAGGUCAUCUCUCUCCUGCGCUGA